AUGGAGAAUUGUUCAGAAGUGAAGGAGUUCAUCCUUGUGGGAUUAACAGAUACCCCAGAGCUUCAGGUUCCCCUCUUCAUAAUAUUCACUAUCAUCUACCUCAUCACUGUGGUGGGGAACCUGGGAUUAAUAAUUCUGAUAUUGGGGGACUCUCGUCUUCACACACCCAUGUACUUUUUCCUCAGCAAUCUCUCUCUGGUAGAUUUGGGUUACUCUUCAACUAUUACUCCUAAAGUGAUGGCUGGAUUCCUCCCAGGGGACAAAACUAUCUCCUAUAGUGGGUGUGCUACACAGAUGUACUUCUUUGCAUACUUUGCCACAAUUGAAAGUUAUCUCCUGGCUGUUAUGGCCUAUGAUCGCCAGGUGGCUGUAUGUAAGCCCCUCCAUUAUACCACCACUAUGACAUCCUGUGUGUGUGCUAGCCUGGCCAUUAGCUGCCAUAUCUGUGGUUUUAUUUUUUCUUCCAUUCACACAGGAAAUACCUUCAGCCUCUACUUUUGUGAUUCUAACAUAAUCCAUCACUUUUUCUGUGAUAUUCCAGCCCUUUUGGUCCUUUCCCGCUCUAUGUCCUAUAUCCAUGAAGUAGUCAUCUUCUUUGCUGUAGGAUUCACUGUAUCCUUUGACCUUUUUUUCAUUCUGAAAUCUUACUUUUUCAUUUUCAUUGCCAUUUUGAGGAUGCGUUCAGCUGAAGGACGCCAGAAAGCAUUCUCUACCUGUGCUUCCCAUCUCACAGCUGUGUCUAUAUUCUAUGGGACAGUGAUGUUCAUGUACUUACAACCUAGUUCCAAGCAUUCCCUGGACAUCGACAAAAUGGCUUCAGUGUUCUACACCAUGGUCAUCCCCAUGUUGAAUCCUCUGGUCUAUAGUCUGAGAAAUAAGGAAGUCAGCAGUGCUUUAAGGAAAAUCAUUGACAAGACAAAGCCUUCAUUAGGUAUUUCUUUUUAA